UCUCAGGGCAACGAGCGCCAUGACUGUCAUGGCCUUUUCCUGUUCACGCUUACUCUGAUGAGGACGUGAGCAUCCAUUAUAAGGUGAACCAUGGCGGACCUAGACAGUUACGAAGAUGUAGUACUCUCGACAGCAGGCGCGGAGAUGGUGUCGAUGGCCCUGUCUGCUGAUCUCCCAGAAAUUAAAUUGUUCGGCCGUUGGAAUUGCGACGAUGUUCAGGUGAAUGACAUGUCCCUCCAGGACUACAUCGCAGUCAAGGAGAAGAACGCCAAGUAUCUGCCACACUCGGCAGGUCGUUAUGCUGCCAAACGUUUUCGCAAGGCCCAGUGCCCCAUUGUCGAACGUUUGACAAACUCUUUGAUGAUGCACGGCCGUAACAAUGGAAAGAAGCUGAUGGCUGUGAGGAUAGUCAAGCAUGCCUUUGAGAUCAUUCAUCUGCUCACUGGCGAAAAUCCUCUGCAGGUCCUGGUAACGGCCAUCAUCAACUCCGGCCCUCGUGAGGACUCAACACGUAUCGGUCGUGCUGGUACAGUACGUCGUCAAGCUGUUGAUGUAUCGCCCCUGCGUCGUGUUAACCAAGCGAUUUGGCUCCUGUGCACAGGUGCACGUGAGGCAGCCUUCAGAAACAUUAAGACAAUCGCCGAAUGUCUGGCUGAUGAGCUCAUCAACGCAGCCAAGGGAUCGUCAAACUCUUAUGCUAUCAAAAAGAAGGAUGAGCUUGAGCGUGUCGCCAAGUCUAACCGAUAAACAGUCCACGUUCGAAAUAAACAUUUUACUUUAAACGAA